AUGGAAGAGGUUCCUUUUCUUGGACAUGUGAUUUCGGCUGGAGGAAUUGUUGUUGAUCCCGCUAAGGUGCAAGCAGUACUUCAGUGGGAGAGACCUAAGACGGUUACAGACGAGUGUUGCAUUUGGAGGAGUGGAAGAGUGGCUGCAAGUUCUCGGAAAGAGGAGAAGUGGAGAACUUUUGAAGUUGGAAGGAGAUCAAACCCUUUGGAGAUAAAUUCAAAGAAGUCUUCAAGAGAGCAGUUUCUGUCCUUAGAGGAUCCUGUAGGGUAUGUGUGUGCCGUGCUUGUGCUUUGUACUCUUAGCCUUAUGGGAUGGUUGUCCUUGUUUCCUUGGGUUGGACUAAUGGUAUUUUCUCUGUAUGAGCAGAAAAUGGCAUCUAGAUCACCUUCUCCUCCUCCUUAUCAACCGGAGCCCUAUGAGAACACCACAAGACUUGAGGCUGUACUUGAGGCUAUGCAACUUCAGAAUGCUGCAUUGGUGGGACAAAACACCAUCGCUCUUCAGAACCUAGAAGCUGCAAGAGUAUCAGCUGAAGACACUCAAAGGUAUCUCAUGGAAAUGAUGGCUAAUGGAAGACCUUCUCCGGGUGCUUCUUCCUCUGUUACCGUUCCAGUUCAGGAGUGGAGUUUGGAGAGUUUUCUCCAACAUCAUCCCGCCAAGUUUAGUGGCAAGUGUAGUUCUGAUGAGGCCGAUCAUUGGUUCCAAGAUAUGGAGCGAAUCUAUGAAGCCAAAGGAUGUCCGGAUGAGAAGAAGCUGGCCUACACCCAGUACUUGCUGACAGGAGAAGCUGGACAUUGGUGGAACAGUGUGAAGACGAUCUUGGAGAGGAACGAGACUCCUAUCACUUGGGAGUUGUUCAGAACUAAAUUCUACACUGAAUACUUCCCAGAUAGUGUCAGGUAUGCUAAAGAGGUAGAGUUUCUUGAGUUGACUCAGGGCAACAGAUCAAUACCGGAGUAUGCAGAUCGUUUUAAACACAUGCUUCGCUUCACCACCAUGUCAAUAAAUGAAGAAUGGCAGUGUCGCAAGUUUGAGAAUGGCUUGAGGAAGGAUAUAAAGUUACUGGUGAAAGGAUUGCACAUCAGAGAAUUCUCCGCAUUGGUAGAGAUGGCCCGUGAUAUGGAAAAGACUAAGGGAGAACCAGAAGGACCUCAGAGACAACCAAGCCAACCACUUAGGGUUGGUGGACCUGUGAUACCCCGAGGAGACUCCAGUUCUAGAAGGACCCCUUUCUCUAGACCUUCUUCCUUCAGGUCCAGGAGUUCAUCCUCGCAGUCAUCGGGGCAAUCCAGGUUUGCCAGUUCCGUUAGAUGCUUCAAGUGUGGUGGACCACACCUCCAGAUGUCUUGCCCUCAGUUAGAAGGGUACAGGAGGUGUAAUAUCUGCAGGCAAGAGGGACACUAUGCCAGAGACUGUCCUACUACUAGGAGGGUAGGACCACAACCACGCCAGGCUGACAGAUCUAUUCAGAGGAGUGGACACAGACCUCAGGCAACCGGGAGAGUCUAUGCGUUGACUGGGGCUGAGGCAACCAGUGCAGGUAAUUUAAUUGUCAGCAGUUGUUUGUUAUUUGGAGCCUCGUGUGUGACGUUGUUUGACUCGGGAGCGACACAUUCUUUUGUGUCUAAGGCUUGUGUGGAGAGGCUUGGUUUAGUUGUCAGAGAGCUUCCGUGUGAUCUGGUGGUGUCUACACCAGCAACUGGGUUAGUUAGAACAUCUAAUGUGUGCUCUAGAUGUUCUAUCGAGGUAGAGGGGCGCAGGUUCAUAGUGAACCUUAUUUGCUUACCUCUGCAGGGGCUAGAGGUAAUUCUGGGAAUGGAUUGGUUAGCAGCCAAUCGUAUUCUUUUAGAUUGCGGUGGUAAGAAGUUAAUAUUUCCCAAAGAAGAUGAAGACUUGUCGUUAUCACUCGGCGCAUUGAAGCAAGACAUCUUCGAGGGUGCCAGUUGUUUCCUAAUCAUGUUCCAUGAGGAUGAGACUCCCAAUGUAAACUUUUCAGCUCUUGUGAACCAGAGUGUAGACCUUCUGGUUGUGAAUGACUUCAUGGAUGUUUUCCCUGAAGAAGUUCCUGGUUUACCUCCUCCGCGAGAAGUGGAGUUCUCUAUCGAUCUUUUGACGGUCAAGAACAAGUAUCCAUUGCCAAGGAUCGAUGAUCUGAUGGAUCAAUUGCACGGAGCUACGGUAUUCUCCAAGAUUGAUUUGAGGUCGGGUUACCAUCAAAUUUUAGUGAAAGCCGAUGAUGUGCAGAAGACGGCAUUCAGGUCCAGGUAUGGCCACUAUGAGUAUGUAGUUAUGCCUUUUGGUGUGACUAAUGCUCCAGCCAUUUUCAUGGACUAUAUGAAUCGAAUUUUCAGACCCUUCUUGGACAAGUUUGUGGUGGUGUUUGUAGAUGACAUCCUGGUUUAUUCUAAAACUCGGGCGCCGUUGACACAACUGACUAGGAAGGAUCAACCUUUUGUUUGGACAGAUCGUUGCGAGACUAGCUUUCUAGAGCUAAAGAACAGAUUGACUAGUGCACCAGUUUUGGUUAUCCCUGACACAGGUAAACCUUUUGAAGUUUUCUGUGAUGCCUCUCAUCAGGGAUUAGGGUGUGUACUGAUGCAGGAGAAGAAAGUAGUGGCGUAUGCAUCAAGACAACUCAAGGUUCAUAAGAAGAAUUACCCCACUCAUGACUUGGAGUUAGCAGCUGUAGUUUUUGCUUUGAAGAUUUGGAGACACUACCUGUAUGGUGCGCAAUUUCAGGUGUUUAGUGAUCAUAAGAGCAUGAGAUAUCUCUUUGAUCAGAAGGAGCUUAACAUGAGACAAAGGAGAUGGAUGGAGUUCCUUAAGGACUAUGACUUUGAUCUUUUAUACCAUCCUGGGAAAGCCAAUGUAGUGGCAGAUGCAUUGAGCAGAAAGGCAGUACAUAUUUCCUCAUUGAUGAUCAGAGAAUUAGAACUGGUAACAAGCUUCAGAGAUUUGAGGUUGCAAGUAGAAUUUGAAGAUGACAGCAUCAGAUGCAGUAAUUUGGUGACGUCAGCUAGUUUGAUUGGAACUGAUCAAGGUAAAGAUUUUGCCUUGGGGGUCGACGGUAUUUUGAGAUUCAAAGGCAGGGUAUGUAUCCCUAGCAGCUCAGGAUUAAAGAAGUUAAUCAUGGAAGAAGGUCACAAAAGCCGUUUUAGCAUGCAUCCAGGCAUGACAAAGAUGUACCAAGACCUCAAGAAGUCCUUCUGGUGGUCGGGUAUGAAGAGGGACGUGGCACAGUUUUCGGCUUCUUGCUUGACUUGUCAAAAGGCAAAAGUGGAACAUCAAAGACCUGGAGGUUUGUUGCAACCGUUAGAGAUUCCCGAAUGGAAAUGGGAUAGCAUCACGAUGGACUUUGUUACCCAUUUGCCACGCACUAUUCGAAAACAUGACGCAAUAUGGGUAAUAGUGGACCGAUUGACCAAGAGUGCUCACUUCUUGGCAAUUGAUUUGAGAAUGUCUAUGACAAAGUUGGCACAACUAUAUGUUAAGGAGAUAGUAAGGUUGCAUGGAGUGCCUUCGAGUAUUGUAUCAGAUAGAGACCCGAGGUUCACAUCCAGGUUUUGGCAAACCCUUCAGAGUGAAAUGGGAAGUAGACUACAGAUGAGCUCGGCCUAUCAUCCCCAAACAGAUGGCCAGUCCGAGCGGACAAUCCAAUCGCUUGAAGAUUUGUUGAGGACUUGUAUUUUGGACCACCUAGGAGUAUGGGAUGAGAUAUUACCACUGGUUGAGUUCACUUAUAAUAACAGUUAUCAUGCCAGUAUUGGUAUGGCUCCGUUUGAAGCCCUGUAUGGAAGACGCUGCAGAACACCUCUCUGCUGGUUUCAGGAUGGAGAAGCAAUUUUGACAGGACUAGAAAUAGUUCAGCAGACUACAGAGAAGGUAAAACUUAUACAAGAAAGGAUGCGAGCAUCACAGAAUAGGCAGAAGUGCUAUGCUGAUCUGAGGCGCCGGCCGUUAGAAUUUGCAGUUGGGGAUCAUGUAUUCCUCCGAGUGACUCCGACUACCGGUGUAGGGAGAGCAAUUCGGGUUAGGAAGUUAUCUCCUAAGUAUCUUGGCCCCUAUCAGAUCCUACGACGUUUAGGGUCGGUAGCUUAUGAGAUAGCCAUGCCACCCCAGUUAGCAAACUUGCAUCCGGUAUUCCAUGUAUCCCAGCUCAGAAAAUAUGUGUCUGAUUCUUCUCAUAUACUUGAAGCGGAAAAUGUGCAAGUCAGAGAGGAUAUGUCGGUAGAAGUGCAACCUGUGAGGAUUGAAGAGAGCCAAAAUAAACAACUUAGAGGGAGAACUGUCAAACUCGUCAAGGUCAUCUGGAAUGGUAGAAUAGGCGACUCCACAUGGGAAUUGGAGGAUGAGAUGAGAGAAACAUACCCCCACUUAUUUCAAUAA